AUGUAUUUCGGUUUGGUUCCGCAGUUUUUGCCCUUGUUGUUAUGCACUUCACUUGUGCAUUGUGAUCUGGUUAUUAAACCACCACUUUUAAUUGCUGAGGCUUAUCAUGAUGCUUUCUUCCUUUGCCAAAUUGACUCCAACAUCUUAUCGGUCAUUUGGACACUACCAUCGAGCGAAGUGGUUCUGGCGAACAAGACGUCCACAGAUAAUCGGUUCCGAAAUUCUGGUGGGUUCCUAUUCAUUUCCAACGUUUCCUUUGCUGAUAGCGGGGACUAUGAAUGUUCAAUUGACGAGAACACUUCCUCUGUUGGAGUUCUAGAGGUUUUUGUAAUGCCGUCUUACACAUUGGAUCUUUCUUUGGUUUGUGGGCUUAAUGUAAUCCUCCUUAUUUUGUUUAUCUUUUUUAACGUUCUUAGUCAUAUACGAUAUAAGACGACUGGUUCUCAAUAUUUCGUUUUUCAGUUGGGUACUGGAAGCGUUUCUCUCAUCAAAAAAAUAACAGUUCUUCCUCCUUUAAACAAUGAAGGCUUCAUGCAACCUGAACGCUUAGGGUAUCGCACUCCAGAUCCUGCUGUGGAAGAAGAGGCUUUUCGAGAAAAUGAAGAAGCUUUAUCUCGUGCCUCUCAAAACUCCACUACAAGAGUGAAUCAUAUUAGUGCCAAUGCAGCAGCGGGUUUAAUUAUACUGAAUAACCGUUCUCUUCCAACUUCACUCUGUAAACCACCUAAUUCAGCUCAGGCAUCGUCUGAGAUCACCUCAGACAAGACGGGCACUUCGAACCCUUGCCCUGUUUCCACCCCCAAUAUAUCGCGACAACAAAGUUCUCUCUUCUCGGUGCGUUUGCAAAUUGUUUUUGUGGUGAAUAUCGACUCCUCAACAACAGAGAAUGACUGCGUAUUUCUCGAUCCAUUUGCCGAGUUUGUUGCUGCCCGUCCAGCUAUUGCAGCUUCACAGACGGCAAAUCAGUCAUCUCUCUCUGCACAGCUUGCUUAUAAUACAUCUACCACUUCUCCUUUGCAAAAUAUCCAAUCUGUACAACCGUCCUCCUCUUCGCCUGUCUAUAAACUUCAAACAUUUCCACCGCCACCUUCUGCCUCGACAGUCUUCUCCGCGUCCAGUCCACCUGUAUCAUCGUCAUUGUUCUCUCAACGUCUUAGUACUAACAAUCCAUUUGCAGUCAUGAAUGAGUCUGCUACUGUAGCGAUGCAGUCGAAUACUACACUAGCACCGAAAGCUGCAAACAUUCCCACCUCUCUGGGGCAAAACUCAUUCAAUCCAUUCGUUGAUGAGCAAGGUCAGUUUGCAAAAGUCAUGUUUUAUUUGUUGGCAAUUUUACAAACGGAGAAAGAAAAAAUUAUGAAUGCUCCAUAA